AUGGCCGACCCCUUCGAAGUCCGCCAGCGCUUCACCACGCUCCUUGCACACCUCAACGCCUCGCACAACUCACUCCACAAAGCCGCCCUCUACGCGCUCAAGAACCGCGAAAUGGACGAAGACCUACACUCCUGCAUCCUUGAGCAGCUCGAACGCACAAACAUGAACACACGCGCCAACAUAAUGUUCUUCAUCGAAUGCCUCUGCGAAUACGCCGUCAAAGACAAUGCAAACGGCGACGCCAGCGCAAUGGGCUACGUGCGCAUGCUCCAGCGUGACAUUGUCGCCGUUGUGGAAUGCGUCAUCGGCUCCGAAGGCGCAAAUGUCCGCGUCGUGCGUAAAGUGCUGCAGACGCUGGAGAGUCUGAAUAUCCUUAUGAAGGCGACGGUGCAGGAGCUAGAGACGGUGUUGAAAUCGAGAGAGGUGGCGCAUCCAUUUUUGGUUACAGGAGAUGUGGAUGAGAAGGAGAGUCCCGGUAAGGCGGCGAGAGGGCCUGCUGGAGGGGGCCAACGUAUGGGUAAGAGGGAGAUUGAGCAGAGGAUCGAGGAGGAUAGGGAGAGGCAUAAGAGGCUGAGGGAGAGCAUUUGGGCGGUGAAUGGGGAUGGGUAUGAGGAGUUGGAAAGGUUGUGGGAGGAGGCGAGUGAUAUUGGGGAAGACGAUUAUGUUACGGCGAGGGAGGAUGCUGAGGAGAGGAAAAGGGUCAUUGCUUUUGGGUAG